AUGAAAUUCUCUAUUUCCAUUCCAAACGAUGAAAAGUUUGAAGUGGAAGUUAAUGAUACUGGUUCAAUUUCUGAUCUCAAAAAGGCCAUUGCUGCAGUAAAAGGUAUUCCCUCAAAAGAUAUCAGAGUAUUUGACCCAACAAACAAAAUUGCUAAAAACAGCCAAAAAUUAUUGGCCCUCGGAUUUCAAAAUGGCGAUUCAGUACAAGCACUUGUUGUUAAAACUGAACAAACCGAGCAAACUUUAGAUCAUAAGAAAGUUUUCAAUGCAUUUGUCAAGAAAAUUCAAGAUCAAAGCGGAAGUGAAGAUACGCAAACUGAAAUUAUUAUGCUUAUCGAAAAUCCAAAGGUUCAAGAAACAUUUGAAGCUUUAUCCUGCGAUCCAAAGUACUUCAGACAGUUAGUUGAUGAGAAUCCUAUAUUGCAGAAGAACCCCGCAUAUGAACAAUGCUUAAUUGAAACAUUUGAAAUGCUCGGUGCCCAAUGUGCUCCAAAAUCCGAAGCAGUUACAAUUGAGAACGUAUGUAAGACAUUCGGAAUUAAAUACGACGAUGAUCUCAAAGAAAAAUUAAAAGACCCUGAAAUUGCUCAAGCAUUUGAAGACAUUUUAGACGGAGUAAAGCUUGUUGGAGGUCUCAACGUACUCAGUUUACCACCACCAAAGCAUGUAAAGCUUUCUCUUCAGAAAAUCUUCGAACCUGAGUUAAAUCAAUUUCAUGCAAUGGGAUUCUUCGAUGACCAGAAGAUUCUCAGGUGUUUACAGAAGGCUGGAGGAGAUAUAAGUGCAGCCGUUGAAUUUUUGUAUGCUAAUGUUGAUUAA